AUGGCGGCGCACAUUCCGCCGGGCGCGAUCCGACAGGGGCCUUCGUCGUCGGGCGGCGGGAACUACCCGCUGCACGCGCGAGGCAAGGUGAUGGAGGUGAAAAACAGAAUGCCGGCGCCCGUUCAAAUCACCGCAGAGCAGCUGCUGCGCGAGGCCGUCGACCGCCAGCUCGACGACUUGGCGCAGACUCGCCCCCAACAGCGCAUCGCCGACGAGGAGGAGCUUCAGCAGUACCGCGUGCGAAAGCGGAAGGAGUUUGAAGACAUCCUGCGCCGACAGCGACACCACAUCGGCACUUGGAUCAAAUACGCCGAGUGGGAGGCUGCGCAGAAGGAAUUCAGAAGAGCGCGCAGCGUGUUUGAGCGCGCGCUGAACGUUGACUACCAGAAUACGACGCUGUGGCUGAAGUACAUCGAGAUGGAGUCAAAAAACAAAUUCAUCAACAGCUGCCGGAAUCUCUACGACCGGGUCUGUUUGCUGCUCCCGCGCCAGGAGCAAUUCUGGUUCAAGUACGCGCACAUGGAGGAGCUGCUGGGGAACUACGCAGGCGCCCGCAACGUUUUUGAGCGAUGGAUGGACUGGAACCCGAGCGACAAGGGCUGGAUGCUUUACAUUCACUUCGAGGAGCGCUGCAAAGAACUGGAUCGCGCGCGCAAAGUCUUCGAGAGGUACCUGAGCAAUCGCCCCUCUCAGGACGCGUUUCUUCGAUUUUGCAAGUUCGAGGAGCGACACAAACACAUCCCACGCGCGCGCGCAGGUUUCGAGAAGGCCAUCGAGUUGCUGCCGGAGGACAUGCUUGAUGAACAAUUUUACUUCAAGUUUGCGCAGUUCGAAGAGCGCCAACGGGAGACCGAACGGGCGAAGAUAAUCUACCAGCAAGCGCUGGAGCGUCUGCCCAAAGGCGAAUCCGAUUUGCUCUACGAGAAAUACGUGACCUUUCAGAAGCAAUUCGGCGACAAAGAAGGGAUUGAGGACACGGUGUUGAGCAAGCGCGUGUUUGUCUACGAAGAGGAGUUGCACUCGAAUCCGCUGAACUACGAUUGCUGGAUUGAUUACAUUCGACUCGAAGAGAGCCGCGGCGACAUCGACAGAAUCCGCAACAUUUACGAGCGAGCGCUGGCGAAUGUUCCUCCAGUUCUUGAGAAGCGAUGCUGGACGCGGUACGUGUACAUUUGGAUUUGCUACGCACUCUUCGAGGAGCUGCAGGCGAACGACAUCGAGCGCUGCCGUCAGGUCUAUCAGAAGAUGCUGGAGGUCAUUCCGCACAAGAAGUUCUCCUUCGCGAAAGUCUGGUCUCUCUACGCGAGUUUCGAAGUUCGCCGGCUGCAGCUCGACAAAGCUCGGCUUAUAUUCGGCCGAGCCAUCGCAGAGUGCGGGAAGCCGAAAAUCUUUGUGGCUUACGCGCAGCUGGAGUUGCGUCUGGGCAACAUCGAUCGCUGCCGAAAGAUUUAUGCCAAGUUCAUCGAGUUGCAUCCAUUCAAUCCGCGAGCUUGGAUUGCGAUGAUUGACUUAGAAGUUUUGGCGGAGGAGCAGGAGCGCGCGCGUGCGCUCUGCGAACUUGCGAUUGGGAUGGAAGAGAUGGACAUGCCCGAAUUGCUGUGGAAGGCGUACAUUGACAUGGAGAUCGGCUCGGGGGCGUUGGAUCGCGCCCGGGCGCUGUACGAGCGGCUGCUGGAGAAGACUCAGCACGUCAAAGUCUUCAAAAGCUUCGCAGACUUUGAGUGGCGCGUCGUCGAGGACCUGACUAAGGCGCGAAAGGUGCUUCGGCGGGGCAUCGAGCUGUGCAAAGAAAACAGCUGGGACGAAGACCGCGCGUCGCUUCUCGAGCACUGGCUCGCGAUGGAGCGCGAGAGUGGAGACGCGGCGUCGAUCGGUCGCGUGUUCAACAUGCUGCCGAAGAAGGUGAAAAAAAUUCGCGUGGAAAAGGAUGAAGACACUGGAAUUGAGUCCACCGUCGAAACCACGGCCUACGUCUUCCCCGACGACCCCGGUAGCGCAGCUAACCUUAAGAUCCUGCAGGCGGCGAAGCUGUGGAAGAGAAAGCAGGCUGCGGGCGCAGGGAACUGA